CAUUUUCGUAAUACAUCUACGUUACGCCGAUUUAUAAAUACCAUCAAGUCAGUUCGUUCGAAUAAGUGAAACUAGUUUCACGUCUGUGCUUGAUUCACGAAAACUCUGAUAACAUUUUUGAAAUUUUACGUUCGCGACAAAAAUAAGUUAUAAAAUUUUUUGCACGACUCAAGUCAGAGAAGUUAUUCCGUAAGAAUAAAGGGCAAUAAAUAAGCCUUGCGAGACCCAUUUUGACGUGACGAAAUUUCAACACGUUCUUUGAUAUCUACUCUAUCGAUUUGUUUUCUUCGUCCUCGAACAAACAUGGAGAUUAAUCAAAACAACUCCGACUCCGAUUCCGGGUCCGAUUCUCUCGAGGACUCGAUCGUUAAAAAAUCGUCCAAGUGUGGAAUCACAGAAUGUGCUUCCAAUGGAACAUCUUUUUACGGAACACGCGACGUAGACUUUCAAGACACGACGAACGACAACCAGUCCAUUAAAGAUUUUAAAUUCAAAAGCAACGGCGAGCAGGGAACGGCUACCAGCGGCGUGAAUUACGGCAAUUCGGCGCGCGACGACGACGAUCAUCGCCAGCACCGGAUGCUCGACAUCAACGGGAACGAGAUCAAAAAUGGAUUCUCGAGCAAAGCGAAGUUGCCGAGAAAAAUUUACAUAUGCGAUAUGUGUCACAUGACGUUUCACAACAAGGAGAUCAUCGCCUACCACAUCAAUUGGGUGCACAAUCCGGAGGACAACAAUUUCUGCGACAUGUGCUUCAAGCCCUUCUCCAAGUGCUGCACGUGCAAGUUCUUCAACCUCGACACGUUGAUCGAUUGAUUACAGUUAUGAAUAUUAGCAUGGUUAUUAUGUAAAUAUUAGCGUACACGCCUUAAUGUAUUAAGCAGAAUUCGACUGAAGUUGCAAAGAUGAAAGAACUUCUUAUGAUAUUAGCUGUGAUUUUGUAUAUCUAUACUGUAGUCUAUAGGUACUUGAAUUUAUGAAUAAUGAUAGAUUAAAUAAAUAGUUUUAUUUAUUAAGAUAAA